GGUGUUUGGUUUUAUGUUUGAAUCACAGGAAUAAGUCUGAACAGCAUGAUUCUUUUCGUAAUUUAGUAUUGGAUUCAUGAUGGCCACCUUAAAUUUGUCAAGAGAUCAAUUCUAUGACCUGUACAAAAAAUUACAAUUCAGAGUUUUGAUAAAUUCUGUUGUUAAAGGCAGACAUGCAAGUUCUGAAAAGGUGUGCAUGGAAUAUCUUGAGGUUAGUGCUGAGCCACACAAUCCGCUUGACAAUAAAGCCUUUAUUGUAGCACAUGUGCUUCCAGGACCAAGUGGUCCAGUCUAUGGACGUGUACCAAAAGGACUUCAAGAAUUAUUUUAUAAUGUGGACAUAUUUUCUAAUGAAACUGGAACUGUAUAUGAAUUAUGGUGUAAACCAACAGUUGACAAGGAUGAACCAAGCAAGCCAAGUAGGUGGAGCCGAGGAGGAGGGCUCGAGCAGCCUUGUCAAUAUGUGAUUUGGGUUGGAAGACUAAUCCUUGAAAAGGUGAAAAAGGAUUUAGAGGAAUUAGAUAUUCCUUAUCAGGUUGAGGAAAUAGAACAUGCGGUUUGAAGAAAAAAGAAGACAUUCAGAACAUUCUAAAUAGCCUUGUUUAUAGAAAAAUAUUUGAAAUAAAGUAUUUUGCAGAUUCAUA